AUGGGGUUGGCAUUAAACGAGAAAAGUAAAAAUGAGAAAGCAAUUGAGUUUUAUCAUGUAAUGUCUACUUUUCGUUUUGUCCCCAGCACCCCCACCCUUUUCCAUUCCGGUUUAAAAAAAGCCCAGUUAAGUUCUUGUUUUUUAGCCACAGUGGAAGAUGACUUAGAACAUAUUUUUAAAGCGGUUGGUUCACUUAUUGAAAGUGUUGAUGUAGAAUCAACUGGGGUAAUAAGUUUCUUAAAAGGCGCAGAGGCUACUACUUCUAUGAUCAAUCGUUCGGGUCGAAGAAGAGGAGCAACUGUUGUCUACCUUGAAGCAUGGCACUUAGAGAUUGAGGAUUUUUUGGACUUGCAUACCCCUAACUUACACCAUCUUUAUGGAAAAAAAUUUGAAGAGGAAUAUGUUCUUUGCGAACAACUAAGCAAAGAAGGAAAAAUUAAAUUGGAUGCGUGCAACGUUCGCUCUCCUCAAGACCAUGUUGGAAUAGUUCAUUGUUCUAACUUAUGCACUGAAAUAACCCUCAAUACUUCCCAAGAAGAAAUUGCCGUUUGUAAUCUCGGUUCAGUUAACUUAUCUAAACACAUUGCGGAUAAUAAAUUAGAUGAAAGGUUAUUCAAAGAAACUAUCCUAACAGCAAUGAGAAUGCUCGAUAAUGUGAUUGAUAUCAAUGAUUAUUCUAUAUUACCUAAAGAAACCGAAAACUCCAAUUUAAAACAUCGACCAGUCGGUUUAGGGAUGAUGGGUUUUCAAGAUGCCUU